AUGGAGUUCAGGAAGUUGGCGGAGUUGGCGUCGAACAAGGCCAACAUCCGGAUACAAGAAAUGGAGAAACACGGCCAUUUCGUCGCGGAUGUCUGGAAGCGCUUUUUGGUCGACUGCUGUGUGAACUACGGCUUCACCUCAAAGCGCUGCUUCGGGGUCGUCUGCUUCAUCAUGGGCAAGUACUCGACCAAGGACAAGGAGGUAGACCACACAGCAGGUGUUUUUCGCUACAUUCCUCAGGAUGAACUCGUGGCUUUCUUGUCCCAUCCCGUCACAGCGGCCAUUUAUCUCAGCGACUGGUGCAUCCCUUUAAUUCGGGAGAACUCUAUCGAGGAGUGCCUCAACAUGAUCAACGACCUGCCGCCUGUGCAUCCAGAUGUGGAGAGAGACACUCAAUGGCUGUCUCUGUGUCUUUCCGGCAGUUCGGCGCCCCCGCCGGGUGGCGUCGUGGAUCUGGUCACCGAGUCCAACCGUCGUGUGGUGGAGGUGCAUGGGAGCACGCCUUGGAAACGUGUGCUCAAAGAAUAUCUCACACAAAAGGUGGAUGCCUGGCCAAGGCAUGCCACGUCAUCAAAGGGAAAGCGCACGAAGGAAGAGGGCGUCGGAAUAUUAGAAGACCACUAA